AUGCCUCCACGAAUGCAAGGCUAUGGGGGUGCCCCGAAUAGCAUGGCAUCUCAUUAUCAACAAUAUCCACCACAUACACAACCACAUACUGCAGGACUUCCUCCGCCAGGCUCGAUCGGAAAUCAAUUUAUGAGUGCCAACUCCAUGAGCAAUGCUUUUGCGAAUGGAGCUAAUAUGGGUAUACCGGGAGGAUUUUCUGCACCUGGUCUCCCUCUGCAAGGUGGUGGGUUAGCAAGUCAAGCUGCACAAAUGAGUUUUGCUGCGGCACCUUUACAACAACAAGGGCACAACGGAAUGGCAGAUUCAGGGACGCGGGGUAUGCGUGACAAGGGUAGAAUACGAGAUGUAUGGAAGGGGAACCUACACGAGGAGAUGGCGAUUCUGCGGCAGUUGGUGGAUAAAUACCCUUAUAUUUCUAUGGACGCGAAAUUUCCUGGGAUCGUUGCUCGACCUAUGGGAUCUUUUAACGGCAGGGGAGAUUAUCACUAUCAAUGCUUACGAUGCAACGUAGAUCUAUUGAAACUUAUACAGCUGGGCAUAACGUUAUUUUCGGAAGAUGGAGAAUCAUUACCUGCGACGCCUCACUCCGACUCAGGCUUAGAUCGAAACUCAGCAGGACGAAGAAUUGGCAACGGCGUAGUACAGGUGCCUUGUACAUGGCAGUUCAACUUUAAGUUUUCUCUUUCGGACGAUAUGUACGCAGAAAAGGGUAUCGACGAAAGGAAGGCUGCCGGUACGGAUUUCAGCAGAUUAAAGGAAGAAGGCAUCGAUCCAUUUGAGUUUGGCGCGGUGCUCAUUAGUUCUGGGCUUGUAUGUGAUGAGGAGAAACGUUGGAUCUCAGGGCACGCCGGCUACGAUUUUGGAUAUCUUACAAAAAUCAUGCUUCAAAGGGCAUUACCGGAUGACGAACGGGAGUUCGAUAUGCUUAUGAAAAAGUUCUUUCCAAGUGUAUAUGAUAUCAAGUAUCUCAUGCAACAAGGAACCAUUAUGAGCAAAUUAGGCCAACUUUCGCACGUCGAUGCCGUCACCGCAGAACUUCUCCAACGUAACGAGCGACACCCUAACCUCGAAGCCAUGAUCGACGUCCUCAAAGUAAAACGCUUAGGUGCAAUUCACCAGGCUGGCUCCGACUCCCUCGUCAACGGUCGGGUCUUCUUCAAACUCCGCGAACGUCUUUUUGACGGUGAAAUCGGAGACGAGCACCUUGGUCGUGUCUUUGGUAUCAACCUACAAGAAGCAAACACGGCGGCUACCACGCAACAAACUACACCGCAACAUUAUAAUCAAUACCAAGAAAAUACAACCCCGAAUCAAAAUGGUUCAGGCUCAUCUUUUGCCAAUGGUGCACCCAGUACCCCAAAUAACGGAAACGCUAAUUUAGCAACCACGCCUGCGCAUAAUAAUAAUGGAGGAAAUGGUCUAGGUCCACUAACACCGAGUAAUGGCGGUGGUUCCUUUGGCCAUUUCCAAUAUGCAAAUAAACAGUAA